CAGCCUCCCCUCAACCCUACUGGGGCAACCUGAUGCCCCAGGAGCGGCAGAGCCCCCAGAAGACCGAGUUGGGAACGCCUCGGGAAACACAGUUUAGAAGACUGAAGAUCAGGAUGGGGUGUGUAAGGUCCAGGUUUACCCAGGAUGGUGGGAAGUUCUUCAAAAAAGAGUCUCAAACAAAUACCCAGGGCCCCCUGUAUGUACCAGAUCCAACAUCAUCUGGAAAAAAGGUGGUCAAUGGUUCCAGUGUCAAUCAGGCCAUUUCCUCUAAUGGCCUUGAGAAUGUGGACAUCACAGUUGUGGCCCUGUAUGAUUAUGAAGCCAUCCAUAGUGAGGACCUCAGCUUCCGGAAGGGCGACCAGAUGGUAGUCCUAGAAAAGUCUGGAGAGUGGUGGAAGGCUCGAUCCCUUAAAACCCGGAAGGAGGGCUAUAUCCCAAGUAACUAUGUGGCCCAAGUCAACUCACUGGAGACAGAGGAAUGGUUCUUCAAAGACAUCAGCCGUAAGGAUGCAGAACGUCACCUACUAGCACCUGGGAAUGUACUGGGCUCCUUCAUGAUUCGGGACAGUGAAACUACCAAAGGCAGCUAUUCCUUAUCGAUACGGGACUAUGACCUCCAGCACCAGGAUGCAGUGAAGCAUUAUAAGAUUCGGACCCUGGACAAUGGUGGUUUCUAUAUCUCCCCACGGAACACUUUCAGCACCCUGCAGGAUCUGGUGGCCCAUUACAAGAAAGGCAGUGAUGGCUUAUGCCAGAAACUAACAGUUCCCUGUGUGGUCCCCAAGCCCCAGAAACCCUGGGAGAAGGAUGCCUGGGAGAUCCCCAGGGAAUCCCUGAAGUUGGAGAAGAAACUGGGAGCUGGGCAAUUUGGAGAAGUCUGGAUGGCUACCUACAAUAAGCACACUAAAGUGGCAGUGAAGACCAUGAAGCCAGGGAGCAUGUCUGUGGAAGCCUUCUUGGCUGAGGCCAACUUGAUGAAGACUCUACAACAUGACAAGCUUGUGAAACUGCAUGCUGUGGUCACCAAGGAAGAGCCCAUCUACAUCAUCACUGAGUUCAUGGCAAAAGGAAGCCUGCUGGACUUUCUGAAAAGUGAUGAAGGCCGAAAACAACCCCUGCCAAAGCUCAUCGAUUUCUCAGCCCAGAUUGCUGAGGGAAUGGCUUUCAUUGAGGUGAGGAACUAUAUCCACCGAGAUCUAAGAGCAGCCAACAUCCUCGUCUCUUCAGCCCUGGUGUGUAAGAUUGCUGACUUUGGCCUGGCACGGCUCAUUGAGGACAACCUAUACAAUGCUCGAGAGGGAGCCAAGUUUCCCAUCAAGUGGACAGCUCCAGAGGCCAUCAAUUUUGGCUCCUUUACCAUCAAGUCAGAUGUGUGGUCCUUUGGAAUCCUGCUGAUGGAGAUUGUCACUUAUGGCAGGAUUCCCUAUCCAGGAAUGCCUAACCCUGAAGUGAUCCGUUCCCUGGAUCGAGGAUACCGGAUGCCUCGUCCAGACAACUGCCCAGAAGAGCUAUACAGCAUCAUGACUCACUGCUGGAUGAACAAACCUGAGGAUCGGCCUACAUUUGAGUAUCUCCAGAGUGUGCUGGAAGACUUCUAUACUGCCACUGAGAGCCAGUACCAAAAGCAGCCAUGAAGAUUAGCAUCCCAAGCAUUAUGACCAACUCUCGGGUUAUAUCAGCAUAGCAUUAUGUUGCUUUCAUGCACACUACCCAUGGCUAUAUUCAUCUUCAUAAUUCCCAUCUCCAUUUCAAGAGCUGAAUCUAGGCUUGGAAGUGGGGAAACCCAUGUUCUAGUUCUAGUACUAGUUCUGUCAUUAACUCAGUAGAUACUUGGACAAAUCAAUUGCCCUUUCUGGGUCUUCCUCUUUAAAGGGAAGGGGUUGGAUUGAAUGAUCUCUGAGGUCCCUCGCAGCUCUAACAUUCUAUGUUCUGUGUUCUAAGGUCCCUUCCAACUAUAACAUUUGAGAAUCUAAAAGCCCUUUGGGUUCUGGUAUUCUCUGAUUCCUCAGGAGACUGUUAGUCAAUAUUGCUAUUGACCAUUGACUGGGAUGGUUGUUAUUCCAGGUUUAGCCACAGCUUUGAGAGAUCUGGGUCAAAUGGACAAAUACAAGCACUAUGAAUACCACAGAAUUUAUGGAUAGAUAUACACUCCUCUUCUUCCAAUCCCCCAAAUCCAAGUUCCUAGUAGCUCACUGACCAAGAAAUUGGGAUGGAAACCUCCCAGAGACCAGAUCUGCUGAAAGAAAUGGGACUGCAUCUUUUUUUCCUCUAACCUUCCUUGUAAAGAGAGCUAGAGGUUAGGACAGUGUUAGGGAAAGAGUCUGAGAAUUUUUCCAAGCUAUUGCCUCAGAUCUGUGAGCCCUAGCCUCUCAUUAAAAAUUUCUCAAGAGAUGAGGCAUCUGGCCUCCUACCAGACCAAAUUAAGGCGUAAGAGAAAUUGUUUUGGCUUUCUCGUCAGGACUAGUGAGUGGUUGGCUAUACCCUCCUCAUUUCCUAUCCCAAAUUACUAUCCCAGUAUGGUUGUCAGAAACCCAUCUGUGGUGAAGGGGGUGCUAGGAUUGGUGGGAAGUGAUUUUGGAGGAGGUUGGCACAGGACAACCCCUGAAGGACAAGGGGAAUUGAAGAGGGUAAAAGAUGGGAACUAUGUGAGUUGGCCUUUUCCAGAUGUUUCUCCAGGUCCCCUGGCAGCCACUACCUCCAGAGACAGAGAUGGAAAGCUAAAGAUUUGCUUCCAAAUUGUCUCUCUCUUGAGAGGACUGAGGAGGAGACAGGAAAAAAGUAGAGGAAAAUGUAGUUAGCUUACAUCUUCCCUUCCUGUUUAUUUUUUUUUCUCCCAGGAGGAAAGAAUACAAAAACAGGCUCCAGGGGUUCCUAGGUCAGCCAGAGCACUUAGACCAUACAAUUAUGUGUGGUCACAUUCUCAGCCACAGCUUUCCCCAAGGCCUCACUAAAGUCCUGCCCCGGUUUGACUUUGCACUUCAGAGUUGGGUCUGUGGAUGUUAACAACAGGAGAUUUAAACCCAACUGCAGUCAGCUCUAUUUGGUUCUGUCUGAGGUGGACUUUCUUCAUUGUAAUGGCCACUGGGACACUUAAUGCCAGAAAACUAGUAUAUGGGUCAUUGAAUGGGACAAGGACUGGAUUCAGUCUCACAGAUGCGUCUAUACAGUCGUCAUCCUGAACCCUGGUUGCCCAGCUGGCAUAUUCCUGCUCUAAUCAUGAGAGAUAACUCAUAAAAGAAAGUGGACAGCCCAGUGUAGCCAAUACCUGCUAUGGAAAAAAAAACACUCAGAACACACUUCCUGUUGGUGGUGGGAUAGGGAUAUAAGCAUUGUGCACAAAGAAGAGUAGUACCUUAUCUGGAUGUCUCACUACAAAGUGUUAGUAAGUUUUUAAAAGCCUCUGAUUCAUUGAUUGUUCAGCAAACAGUUGAGGGCCUGCUAUGUUCAGGGCACUCUCUGCCUUUGGGGAUUGGUUCAUUUAGCCUAUAGUUGUUAAGUGUGCAGUGCACUAUGCCACACAUUUGUGUACAGAACACAAAGCGGAAGAAAUGAGGUUAGCUAAGAUAUAUUCCCAGUUCUCAAGGAACACACAAUCUACUAAGUAUGUAUGACACAAACCCAGAUACUUUUCAUACAUAAUGUUAAGUGAAAAUGCUAUGGAGAGCUUUAAAAAAGUGCUGUUGACCAAGAGGAUGAAGGAAGACUUCCUAGAGAUGGUGUAACUUGAACAGGUUUUAAAGGAUGGGUAGGAAUCCAAAAGGCCAAGAACAUUACAGGUACACAGGAUAGUCCAAGCAUAGAGGUGGCACAGACCCUGCCCUCAAUGAGUCUACAAUCUAAUUAGGGGGAAAUAGGGACACAAAUCACUAUGGUAGCAGGCAGGAUGAAAUAAUUGCAUUGGAAAGAUACAAGUAAAGGUUCAUGGAGUUAUGAGUUUGAGACUAAAAUGAAAAGGUUUUCUUUAUCUUUGACUCUUAUUGUGUUUUUUAAAAAAUAGGUUGGCCUCCCUCUUUCUCUAUUAAGCCCCUUCUUCCUAUCCUAUAACCUUCCCCAGGGCACUGAUACCACAGUAGGUCCUGUUCCUUGUCAUCUCUUUUAACUAUCAAUAAAGAGGUGUAAG